GGUCUGGCCCGGCCGGCCCGGGGAGGCCGCGGGGAGGAAGCCAACACGUGGCGUUUGUAUGACACGGCCCAUUGCUAGGGAAACGUCGGCAGGCAGCGGCGGGGCUCGAAGGCUGGGCUGCCGGGGAGGCGGCGGGGGGAGCGAGGGGACAGCAAGAGCCCACCCGUGCCGCCGGGGCAGCUCUGCGUGGCGUUUGCCGGGUGGGGAGAGCAGGGCUGCGGCUUGCUCUGAGUGGAAUUCCCUGCUGUGUUUCGUGGUACGGCUCUAGCACGCCUGGCACGGGGGACCUGCCCCUCCCAGCCGGUGGGUUUGGUGCACAAGGAGCCUGUGGAUGGGGCAGAUGGGGGUGAAGGGAGGCAGGCAGCUGGGGGUUUGGAAGAGGCAGCACAGGCGCAGGUUAAAUGCACAGAGAUCACCUCCACCUGCAGAGCCUCCAUGGAAAGCCGCUGAGCAUGGCUGGGCCCCCAGCACCAGCACUGGAGCCCAGCAGGGAGAUCUGCUCCCUGAAAUGGCAAAAGCCUUCUCUCCUCUGAUGUUCAUGGCAGCUCUCAUGUCUGCUUAGGACACAAGGGAUCGAUCACAGGCAGAAAAAAGCAUCACCAGUCUCAUAGAAAGGCUUGGACUGGAAGGGACCACCCAUCUAGUUUCAACCCCCCCUGCCACGGGCAGGGACGCCACCCACUAGAUCAGGUUGCUUACAUAAGCCAAACUGAAUGCCAUGCCAGGGGAUGGCCUGUCCCCUUCCUUCCAAGUCUGGCUGGCCCCAAGCAGCCCAAGAAGAGGAAUGCAGAGGGAUUGCCCAUGGAGGAAUCCACCUUUGUCAGCAGGUGGUGUGAGGGAGAGGCAGGAGAGGGACCUGGAGCAGUACCCCAAGGGAGCAGGGUCCAGCUGGCACUGUGCUUGGCAGCACUAGUCAGCGACAGGCUAUAAAUACCUCUGACAGGAGAUAGAAACACAAAAGCCGUCUCCACUUUCCUCAAAUAGCUCGGCAGCCGGGCCAGACAAAGGCACAUUGAUGGAGCAGCCGUGGCGUACCAGCUGGGCUGGGCUCCGCUGGCGGAGAGAAACCCUGCUCAGGGUCGGGAGCCCCCAGUGACCUGCCCCCAGACAUUACAGCAGCAGAGUCCCUGGCAUGUGGCAGGGCUGGGCUCCCUCCCAUCCCUGGAACUGUUCAAGGCCAGAUUGGAUGGGGCCCUGAGCAACCUGGUCUAGCGGGUGGCAUCCUUGCCCAUGGCAGCGAGGUUGGGAUGAGAUGAUCUUUAAGGCCCCUUCCAACACAGCCCAUUCUGUGAUUCUAUGAUUCAAUGUGUGACCACUCACCCACACAUUCUCCUUUGGUACCAUGGGGGAUAGGCACAUCUUUGGGUAAAAUCAAGCUGUUGGAGGUCCCAGCUCCAGUGCAUCCCAUAGUUUGGGGCACAAAGUGGUGAUCACAGUGACUAUUCUCCACCCCGUCUUUUCUUGCACAUCCAACACCAGCCAGCAUUUUUCAGGGCUGGCAAGGAAAGCUGAAGUUGGAGAGCACAUGCCUGUCCCUGUGCUAGCAUAGCUGAAAAUGCAGAGAGGGCAGGAGCGAAGUGGGACAGGGCUGUCCAGGGACCAGGAAACAAGGAGUUACAGAAGCCGCGCCUCAGAGCAGCCCUACAGUGUCACAUAGCAACACUUCGUGAUCCAGGAGCACAACAGGUUUGUUCCAGGAGCACAACAGGUUUGGCCCUGCUCUCGGCAACUUGCAAGAUAAAGGUUGGUCCUGGGCAGCGACAUCAACCAGAGACAAGUACCCUGGGUUUACUCCAGCAGGUCAGGAGUAGGGCUAAGGGUAAGUGUGGGAUCAGAUGCAGACAGGAGAGCUGGGGAAGGAGCUGCUCACCUGCACCAGGAGGAAAAGCAGAGGGCUGGGUGGACCGUUCAUGGCUGUGCUGAAUCAGCCCCAGCUGGCCGAAUCUGAUGGGCAUGGAGGUGUGGAGAUGGGAAGGCAGCUGCCAUGGACCUCCCAGCCUCUCUGCAUCUUGCCCCACAGGGACUCACAUGCCAGGAGGCGUGAGAUUUGCAGAGGGCAGGGAGAAGUGAAGCAGAGAGGCAGUGGGAUGGCAGAGAGGCUAUGGGACACCUGCCUCCCCCUGACACUCAGAGCCUCAUCUCCUUUCCAGGCCACCCAUAUGGCUGAGCAGCCUUGCCCAGAGAUGGCCCUGCCAGCCCAGGUGAUGGCUGCAGACAACACUGAAGCCUCUCCACUCCAUGCCACACGCCGUGGCUCCCAGCCCCCAGCCCGGGGCUCUGAGGAAGGCAAACCACCACUCCCGCUCUCCCGCCGCAACUCGGUCCUCAGCCGCCGCAGCUCAUUCGGGGUGGUCCCGGGGAGCAGGCGCCCCUCCCUUGGCCCUUGGAUGUUCCACAGACGUGUUAGCUUCUCUGGGCUCCCCCUUUUCCAGCCCAUCCUCAAGACCCGCCUCAAAAACACUUAUAGGAUGGGGCCAGACGAAGGCUGCAAGUUCAACGUGGGGCAGGUGCAGCGGAUGCUGGAGGGGGCCCUGGCCAGUGCCCUGGGGACCACUGUCUACAGCCCUCAGGGCAGUGCCCCACUAGCCCAGAGCGUGGUUGAGCUGCUGCAGCACCGGGCUAAGGAGGUAGUGCCACCCCGCUACAAGCUGGUCUGCCACGUGGUGUUGGGCCAGCAGGGCCAGCAGAGCCUGUUGGUGGCCAGCCGGGCACUAUGGGACCCUGACACUGACAGCUUUGCCUCUGCCACCUUCUCCAAUGCCUCCCUCUUCGCUGUGGCCACAGUGCAUGGGGUCUACUUUGAGUAGCAUGUGCCUCUCCCUCCACCCAGUCUUGUAGAGCUGUAGGGAAAGAGCAGCUGAAAUAAAGAGGUUUUGUCCAUC